AUGAAUGAAACCCCGCGACUGCGGUCGGCCUUCCCUACCACCCCAAGAACCGAACCUCGACUGCGGACGUUCAACAACAAUGGUCCUCCUGCUUUUGGGUCACCUCAGAGUCCUCCAUCCCACAAACCCUCUCCGAUAACACGACCUGUACGAGUUCCCGCCGAUGCUGCGUCGGGGGACAACAGCACGCCACUGAUUUCUACCGACAUCGUGGAUGUACCGUCCCAGAGGUUCUAUGUCUUUGCUUUCUAUGUCGGAUUGACGGCCUGGAGGCUAUACAACUCAUGCAACGUCGAGAAUGAUCUCGACUCGACGUGGCUGUUUCUGAAAUGGGUGGGAAUAGACGCAGCGUUUUUUGUGGCAUUACCUACUUUCCGAAUACCAUGGCUCCAAUGGUCGUUUGCCACGACAUUCACGUUGUGGCUCUUGCACGCCAUUGCCAAUGCCUUCUUGAUGUACAAGAUUCCUAUUCCACUGUUGUCUUGGCUGGGAGCGAUUGUCAAGCUGGCGUACGAUCGAGAAUUGUCCAUCUCAGAACACCGCGUGAAACCUGCCGAUAUCCUACACAAUUCUUCCAUUAUCUUGGGGAAACAGAUCAUUCACAUUCUACCAGAAGGAUCUGCCAUUCUCAACCCCGAAAAGCAAGCCUUCUGUCUCGAUGCAUCGAACCCUUCAGUUGAACUACCCAUCCGAAUCAACCAAACCAUUCCUAUCUCCAUCGAGCUGCAACGAUACGACCUCGACACGGACGAAGUCGAGUCAAUUGUGAUUGGUAGUAAGCAAGCAAAACAGAUGCUGAAAAAGGCCAAUGAAGGCUUCUCGAGCUCUGAUGCAAAUUUGCCUCGAUUAUUGUACUACCCUGUUUCCAAGAAAGGGCUCUAUCAGUUGACCAGAGUUAUUGAUACCACAAAGUUGGAAGUCCGAAAACGAAGUUUCGACGUGGCCGUUGUGCAAUGCCCCAAGGCUUCAAUAUCGACUGGCGCUGUGGACAGAUGCACGGGAGACUUGAGCAAUGUGUCAUUGCAGGUCGUUGGUGUCCCUCCCUUCAAGGUGAAGUACAGCAAGACUGUUAAUGGCCACCAAUUCAGUUCAAUUGUCCAGAAUGUUCAGCCGCGUGCCGACCAGGAUUAUGUCACUCCAGAAGAGGCUUCUCAAGCUGUUGUAGAUCUUAAGAGACCUCAGAUGGGUUGGACAAAAUCAAUGGUUGAGUCCUUUGAGAUCAAUGAGGCACUCCACCAGAAUGGCAGCCAUUCCUACGUGGUUGAGGAAGUGGAAGACGGUUUGGGCAACCGCGUCGUCUACCACACGCCCCAUGCUAAAGGUCCGCAUUCUCAUCAAAUCCAGAGUCUCACGGUCCAUAAUCGACCUCAAGUCAAUCUGGUCGGCUGCAAUUCAGACCAUAUGAUUGCGGUGCCUAAGGACCACUCAUUGAAUUUGCCUGUUCGCAUACGGCCUGCCGACAAACUACAUCCUUCUGACUGGCCGUUGAAGCUCAAAUACAGUUUCGCCCCCGAAACCGAAACCGAGUCAGAAGUUUCCGAGGCCGAAGAGUAUGUCCAUGAAAUGACGAGCCAGCGGUCAGUGCCCCAAAUCAGCAAAGCAGGACGAUAUACCCUCGAGUCAAUUGACAGCCAGUUUUGCCACGGCGAGGUUCUGGAGCCGUCAACCUGCCAAUUGUACAACCCUCCCCAGCCCAGUCUUACGAUGGAGACCGAGGAUAUCUUUGACAAAUGUGCGGGCAACCCCAUUGGCAUGUAUGUCAACUUGGACUUUACCGGAACACCGCCUUUUAGAGUCAGGUAUACUGUCACGCACAAGGGAAAAGCGCAUCCGAAAGUCCAAGAGUUUAGUGGCAUGCGAGGACAGAUUGAACUACGCGAAAAAUCAGCGGGCUCUUAUACCUACAACUUCCUAGAGGUCGAAGAUGCUGUCUACGAGCCUAUCUCCCUCAAAGACCAGAACCUUGUACUGAAACAAGAUAUCAGGCCACCAGCAUCGGCAAUGUUUGUUUCUGACAAUCGUGCCAUUCACACGUGUCUUGGCCAGACCGCCUCGCUCCCAGUCAGACUUCUAGGUCAAGCACCCUGGGAUUUGGACUACGAAGUGAUCCAUAACGGAAAAAGGAAGAAGCACAGCCUUCACUCGGAUACCGACAGCGUGGAUAUCGAACUUCCCAAAUUGACCGAGGGAGGUACAUAUUCUGUCAUUCUGACGGGCGUCCAGGAUAACACGCGUUGUCGUACCACACUGAAAGAGGAACGGCACGUCGAGGUGCGACCCGAACAGCCACAGGCUGCUUUUGGUGACAUUGAAGGAAAGCGCUCCAUCUUGGCGUUGGAUGGUAAAUCCAUCAAACUACCGCUGCGACUCAAGGGAAGUCCGCCAUGGACGGUCUCGUUACAGAAUUUGGAUGACGGAUCUGGGCCAGUCACGCACAGUUUCCGCGAUGCCAACUCUGUUUUCGUCGUUGACCGACCUGGAACAUACCAGAUCCUCAAUGUGCAUGACGUUUGUCCUGGUCUGGUCGAUUCGAAAGCGGACAAGUUUCAGGUCAGCUGGAUUCCUCGACCAACACUCUCUGUGAAGGAUGCCACAGUGGAAACAGUGAGCAGUAAUGAACUGCGCAAACCUGCUGUCUGUCAAGGCGAUGAAUCGGCGCUUGCGCUCGGUCUGAGCGGCACUCCGCCAUUCCACUUGAAAUACCAGCAAAAGUUCGACCCCGUCAAAGGGCCAUCGGCCAUUAGCAACAAACCAGCCAGUUUUGCCGGAUCGAAUGCCCUCAUCAACCUGGACACAUCCAAAGCCGGCGAAUACACCUAUGUGUUUACCGAGCUUGCCGACGACCGUUACGCUCAUGACAGAAAUCGAUUCACCCCCAUGGUUGUCAAGCAACAGGUAUACGCAUUGCCAUCGGCCCGAUUCGCGCAAGCAGGGAAAACAUAUGGCUAUUGCAAGGAUGACCCGAGUUUUACCUCCAGCGUCGAGGAAGGGACAGAAAACAUUCCCAUCACCUUUACCGGCACUCCGCCAUUCAGCGUGGAGAUUGCCGUUGUGCACCACGGCGUUUCAGCACGGCCGGAGAUCUUCCGUCACAAGGACCUUGACUCUACAACAUACUCGUGGCCACUGUCACGUAGCUCGCUCGAUCUAGGUACACACAGCAUCUCAAUCCGGUCCGUCAAGGACGGUCGAGGCUGCGAGAGCAUUCUGGAAUCCGACCCUUCAUCAGUGCGGGUCUACGUCUCCUCGCCCCCGACCAUCAUUCCGCUCGAAGCCCAGGAGGACUAUUGCGUCGGCGAACAUGUGUCGUUCUCCCUGAGUGGCCAAGCCCCUUUCGACGUAUACUACACAUUCCAAAACCGCGAGCGCAAAGCACGCGUUACAGGCAGCGAGUUCCGACGACUAGCCGAGUCGCCUGGCGAAUUCGUGGUCACCGGCGUCAGCGACAGCGCAAUGGGCAACGGCAAAUGUCGCGCCAGAAAGGAGAUCAAGAAAACCAUCCACCCGUACCCGACCGUCGAAAUGGGCCGUGGCAAAACUCUCGUCAGUGACAUCCACGAAGGCGGCGAGGUUGAUAUCUCUUUCACGUUUACCGGCACGCCGCCGUUUGAGUUUACAUACACGCGUUCCGAAACCACCAAAAAGGGCCGUGGACCACCUCGGAUCCUCGAGACCCGUCACGACACCUCAAAUGAAUUCAGCAAGACCAUCCGCGCUAGCGACGAGGGUAUCUACGAGGUCGUCUCCAUUAAAGACCGCUUCUGCUCCUACACUAAACCGAGCCAUAAAUUUGGUGGAAGUGGUGGCGGUGGUGCUGGGCAGAAAUUGUUGGCUUAUGGGCAUUGA